CCCAAAAAUAAAGUUUUAUCAAUCAACAUGAUAAAAAUACUACACACGAGUGCUUUAUACAGCAGUCCAAACACACACUUACGACGAAUUAAGCUUUCUUUUUUGCUUAUUACAAACUCGAUUAUCGCAAAUACCAAAUUCGCUUUAAAAAAUAUAUUUUAUUUUCAGCUUGUGCCUGCUUAAUUAGUAAGGUAUCGGAAUUUCAUAAGGCAUGACGCAAAAACAAUUUGAUAAAAAUUUUAAUUCCAUUAAUCUGUUGAAAGAUGGAAGUGAAGUGGAAGAUGAUAGUGACAAAAUUUACAAGUGGUGCUUUUUGAAAAUGAAGCAAAGCUUUUUGGAACUGCUAACUCUUGGCUUGUCGGAAUGCAUCGGAACGGCGAUGCUUUUAUUCUUUGGAUGCAUGGGAUGCGUUGAUCUCGGAAAUCCAGGAUUCCCAACUCAUUUAUCAAUAUGUUUAGGUUUUGGACUUACUGUUAUGGUAAUUGUUAAUAUUUUCGGUGUUGUAUCCGGUGCGCACCUUAACCCUGCAGUUACAUUAGCUGCAAUCGUCUAUAAAUUAGUUGACUUCCAGAAAGCAGUCGUUUAUGUUAUCGGGCAAUUUAUUGGUGCAUUUUUGGGAUAUGGUUUAUUACGAGUAUUGACACCUGAGUCAAGUUUGGGUGAAAAUUUCUGCGUGACACUGCCUGGAAAAGGUAUUGACGUAUGGAAAGCAUUUGGAGUUGAAUUUUUUAUCACAAUGGGCUUGAUUCUCAUUUGCUGUGGAGUUUGGGAUCCGAGAAAUGCAAAACAUCAUGAUAGUGUGCCUUUAAGAUUCGGUCUUGCGAUCACAAUGCUAGCUUUAGUUGGGGGACCCUAUUCAGGCGGAAGUAUGAAUCCAGCAAGAAGUUUUGGGCCAGCACUAUACAACAUGAAUUUCACAGCUCACUGGAUCUAUUGGGUUGCACCAAUGUUAUCGGCAUUAAUCACUGCUGUAGCAUUUAGAAUGGUAUUUUAUAGAGAAGCACCAAAAGAAAUAACAAAACCCGAGGAAGUUCCAUUAAGAGAUGCCAAAAAUAAUGUUUAAUUAACUUAAACCGAAUCAUUGUUAAUUCUCAAUUCAUUUAACACACAAAAGAAUGGAUCUUAAUAGAUUUUAACUAGAAUAAACUUAUCAAUUACUUACGUUGACUUUUAACUCAAAACCACUGACUUAAUCCUUAUUUAAUUUAACUUACAAAGAAUUCACAGAAUCUAUGUUUUUGGCGGGAAACAGGAGGGGAUUGUCAGCAAUUUGAAUUUUAACUUUACGUUAUUUUUAAAGCACUGAAAGGAGUUAAUAAAAAGGUACAAAAUGUCUGUUGUAAGAACAGUUUUUAUUCAAAUUAAUUAUUUUUAAAGUUUCUUUUCUUCACAAUGUAUCAUUAAUAAUAAAAUACUACAAACUAUUGUAUUUUCUUCAGAGGUUCUACCAAAAAAAAAUGUUUCUGGAUUCUUAACAUGUAACAUUACUCAAUUAAUGAAUGUGCGAAAUCUUAUUAAUUAUAUCUAUAGAAUGCAGACAUGAAAAACAGUUUCUAUCUGAAAAUUUAUGUUAGAUAAGUAGCAAUAUAUUAAAAUAAGAGAGAUAAAUAUAUAUCGUUUUAUCCUUAAAUCUCACUUUAACCUUCGAAAUCUGAGUCGGAAUCGUCAAUCACGACGUUAUCACUUUCAUCGCUAUCGAAGUUCUUCUUUUUUUGCUUUUUUGUUGGCUAUAAAUAAGAGUUUUUCAUAAAUAAUUUCUUUGACAAUAUUCAGCUUUGAUAAACUCACCUUCUUUUUCACUGGAGACGCUUCACUUCCGGAGCUUUCGAUUUUUCGCUUUGGUGCUGGUUUUGGACCAAGCUUACGCUUUGCAGGUGGUUUUUUUAUUGGGGAAUCUUCUUCUUCUUCUUCUGAUUUAUCGUCAAAAUCUGAUCCUUCAAUUAAAUCUUGUGCUGGAAUGCUCUUUUCUAAUACAUUAUCAAACAUUUCAGGCUCGGAGUCGUUGGAUUUUUCUUCGUCUGAAUCCUUUAAGAACGAGUAGUCGAUUUU